CCUGUUUCUGCUCUGCUCAGCUUUUGCUGCUUCAUCCAAGUUUAAGAUCCUCAAGUAAAUCCAUAGAUCGGCGGAUCGAUCUCGCACAGUGUGUGCCAUCAGGGCGACGAAUCCGGAGGAGAUGAGCGAUCUCUUCGAUCAGAUCGACGAUUUGCUUGAUUUCCUCAACGAGGAGGAGGAGAAUGCGUUGGUAAUGGUGAAGAAGCCCUGUAAUGAAACAGGGGCCUUCCUUCUCCCUCCCUUGAUUCCUCCUCCUCCUCCGGCCGCGUCCGCCUCCGCGGCCGACGCCGGAGACGAGACGCUCGAGUCCUCCGGUAACCAAAAACAGUUUGAUGAGGAAUUGGAUUACUGGACGCCGGCGUUCCUUGACGAGUGCGAUGCCCUUCUGGCGGAGAUUGAGCUCCCGGGCGCCGCCAAGAUCGAUGCUUUCUUCCGAGACUCCAGUCCGAUCUCCAUCCUCGCACCGGCCGCCAAUUGCAGUGGUGAAUCGUCUUACUCUUCGUCUUCUUCUUCGUCUUACUCUUCGACCUCGGCUUCGCACUCCGGCGGCCGGUCGUUCCCCGCCCGCGCGCGCAGCAACCCGCGCCGCCGUCGCCUCACCGCCUUCCACCUCCCUCCUCCCCGCUCUCAUUCCACAAACGAGAGUUUCUGCGAGUCCGAGUCCUCCCCUGCUCCGCAGAAGAAGAAGAAGAUAAAAUUCACAACGAAGAGCCUGGCGGCCGGGACAGAGGAGGAAACGAGAUCGGCGCCGCCGGCGGCCGUGAGGAAGUGCACGCACUGCGGGAUACAAAAGACGCCGCAAUGGCGCGCUGGGCCGACAGGGCCAAAGACGCUCUGCAACGCCUGCGGCGUCCGCUACAAGACCGGGCGGCUCUUCCCCGAGUACCGGCCGGCGGCCAGUCCCACCUUCGUACCAGCCCUCCACUCCAACUCCCACAAGAAGGUGGUAGAGAUGCGGAUGAAGGCCGUCGACGAGUCCGCCACGCCCUCCUCCGGCACCGGCCCCGACGACGGCUGCGACCUCCUCCAGUACAUUCGCCGGCGGCAUUAACGUCAUAAAUAGAUUUAAGUAAUUUUCCUUCUCUCAUGUUAUUAUUGUUAUUAUUAUAAUUAUUAUUUAAUUAAGUUAUGCAUAAAAAAUAUUUUUAAUAUUUAGAUAUUCUUACUUGAAGCCAUACAAGUCUACCUAAAAUGUGUAGAAUUUGGUUAGCAUGUUUAUUGUGCAAAUCUUAAUUAUGUCAUUUUCAUGAAAUGAAAUGAAAC